AGGGGGCGGUGGCUACGAGACGGGUGCGGAGCAGGCGGAAGAGGCGUCCGUGUGGGCGGCUAGGUCGCAGAGGAACAUCGUUGGGAUCAGCGAAUAUCACCUGUUCUACAAGAUGAGUAACAGUCACCCUCUUCGCCCCUUUACUGCCGUGGGGGAAAUUGAUCAUGUGCACAUUUUGUCUGAACAUAUUGGUGCCUUGCUGAUUGGAGAAGAAUAUGGCGACGUCACAUUUGUUGUGGAAAAGAAACGCUUUCCUGCCCACAGGGUAAUUUUAGCAGCAAGGUGCCAAUAUUUUCGAGCAUUACUGUACGGCGGGAUGCGGGAGUCUCAGCCCGAAGCAGAAAUCCCUCUCCAAGACACCACUGCAGAAGCAUUCACAAUGCUGCUGAAAUACAUCUACACCGGGCGGGCAACGCUGACAGAUGAGAAGGAGGAGGUGUUGCUGGACUUCCUGAGCCUGGCUCAUAAAUAUGGAUUUCCAGAGCUGGAGGACUCUACCUCUGAGUACCUCUGCACCAUACUUAACAUUCAGAAUGUCUGCAUGACUUUUGAUGUCGCCAGCCUCUACUCACUCCCCAAGUUAACUUGCAUGUGCUGCUUGUUUAUGGACAGAAAUGCUCAAGAGGUACUCUCCAGCGAAGGCUUCCUCUCCCUUUCUAAGACAGCACUUUUAAACAUCGUAUUAAGAGAUUCAUUUGCAGCUCCUGAAAAAGAUAUCUUCCUAGCUUUGUUAAAUUGGUGUAAGCACAAUUCAAAGGAGAACCAUGCUGAAAUCAUGCAGGCUGUGCGUUUACCUCUGAUGAGCCUCACUGAACUUCUGAAUGUUGUGAGGCCCUCAGGACUGUUGUCUCCCGAUGCCAUUCUGGAUGCUAUUAAAGUUCGAUCUGAGAGCCGGGAUAUGGACCUCAAUUACAGAGGCAUGCUCAUACCAGAAGAAAAUAUUGCAACUAUGAAGUACGGAGCCCAGGUUGUAAAAGGGGAGCUGAAGUCUGCCUUAUUAGAUGGCGAUACUCAAAAUUAUGACUUGGAUCAUGGAUUUUCUAGGCACCCAAUUGAUGAUGACUGCCGUUCUGGCAUUGAGAUUAAGCUAGGUCAGCCCUCUAUUAUCAACCACAUACGGAUACUGCUGUGGGACCGGGACAGCCGGUCUUACUCAUACUUCAUUGAAGUGUCAAUGGAUGAACUUGAUUGGAUCAGAGUGAUUGAUCAUUCACAAUAUCUGUGUCGUUCUUGGCAGAAGUUAUAUUUUCCAGCCCGUGUUUGCAGGUAUAUUCGAAUAGUUGGGACUCACAACACAGUGAACAAGAUUUUUCACAUUGUGGCUUUUGAAUGUAUGUUUACAAACAAAACCUUCACUCUUGAGAAGGGGCUGAUAGUUCCCAUGGAGAAUGUUGCAACAAUUGCUGAUUGUGCCAGCGUGAUUGAAGGAGUUAGUCGGAGCCGAAAUGCCUUGCUGAAUGGGGACACCAAGAAUUAUGAUUGGGAUUCUGGCUAUACGUGUCAUCAGUUAGGAAGUGGUGCGAUUGUGGUUCAACUGGCACAGCCAUACAUGAUCGGGUCAAUACGGUUAUUACUUUGGGACUGUGAUGAUCGAAGCUAUAGCUACUACAUUGAGGUUUCCACCAACCAGCAACAGUGGACCAUGGUGGCCGACAGAACUAAAGUCUCUUGCAAGUGUUCCACUGUGUCCACUUUGAGUGUCCGGAGCAGCAGAGCAGCCAGAAGGAAGACAACAGUGAGGAGUCGGGGACGGGGGACCCGGGCCUGGCGGGGCCGCAGCUCGACCCCCACGCCCUGCAGGCUCCCGGCGGCAGCUCGCUGCCCUCCAGCCCGGGCUCCGUCUCCCGCUCUCCCAACCGGCAGCACCAGUAACCGGGGUGCAGAUGUGGAGCGACGUGGGUGGGCCCUGAGGGCAGUGGCAAGAACCUGCGCCCUCCCAGGAGGGAUCUCUGUGGACUGCCCCUCUCUCCUCCAGGGAGGAGCCGACCUGGCUGCAAAAACAGACACAGAACAGGCUUUUUCCCAAGGGCAGAAAGGGGCUGCUUUGUUCUCAAUUUGUUCAAAUCAAGCUGGUCUCCAGGGGGGGAGAAUGGGUCUUCAAUCUUCAUCAAGCCCACCGUUAACACCCUACCUCUCUAAUCUCACCCGGGCAAAGGGGCAGGAGGAAGCGGUAGGCAGGCGCGAGUCAGAGUACAGAAAUGGCCCACCAGCACUCAAGCGGAGGAGAAUGUGUUAGGCCUUAUUACCUGGAGGCUCCCUGUAGGAAAUGCGUUUCCGGAGUUUAUUUUCAUGGAACACAUCGCCCUGGCAACUAAAUGAUUUUUUUUCUUUUAGUUAGCGUCCGUUCGCUGAAUCAUAGGUGUUCCAGUUCUUUUUGAAAUGCUCAAACAGCAAAUCACCUGUUUUAAUCCCUUUUGCUGCUGUAAUUUUCCUUCCUUGGUUUUGAAUGGUUAAGCCUGGGGUGGAACAGAGAAAUACUGUGCACGUUGCCUGCACGAGGCCGAGACUCGGCUCAUCAUGGCACCAGGUCUGACCAGGAAAAUCCUUUGAGGAAGUUCAACAAGAUACACAGUGAGCAAAUCAGUGCAAGGACACUGGAGUUAACGGUCACUCGAGUUCCUGAGUGACUCACUUGUCAUUCCUGAAAGGUACCCAGCCUCUAAGCUUGGGAGGCUGACAAGGAACUAGUUCUUAUGCCACUGUUAAUUUAUGUUCACAUUAUGUAAAUGUAUAUAUAUAUAUAUAUAUAUAUCUGUAGCAGCUUCCGGUUGGGCGGAACCCUCCUUCCAGGCACCACAGGUUAGCUGAGCCUGAAGGAGGGCAGCCCUCCUGCCCGUCAGUGUCAGGAACACAAAACUGGGCCUCUGCAGUUCAGGGGUUGCUGUGUUUCACCCCCAGACCACACGAUUCAACUGGGGACUGGAAAGAAAAGCAGUUGUAAGAAAGCGUUUCUCCUCAUUCCCCUGUGACCUUCUCGUCUGACUGCCAUCGCUUCAUCUGGCUCCGUCAGGUCUCUUACUUAGUAACUUCCAGUCUAGCGCUAACUAACCCCUGGAACUUGACCAGACUGCCAUCUGAUGUUCCCUCCUCUCCAGAGCUCACCCCAGGGGCUCUGCUGCACUCAACUCCAUGGGAAGCUCGGCCAGGCUGAGCACCGUGGUCCCCUGCUCCCCCAGAUGCAGGCCCAGGUCCUCUGCACACCCUGUGACCCCACUUGGAGGAAGAUGGGCUUUCAUGGGGGCUCCUGUCUGGUGUCUUAAAGACCUUGUUUGUGGGUGUACACAGAGCCACUGGGCCAACUAACUCCAUGCUUUCCCCAGUAUAAGCUAGCUUUGAGUGAUCUAUCAGUACGGGAACAGGGCAUCAAACCACAUGAUUAAACAGGUAAGCUUUCUCUUUGAAGGCCAGCAUCCCUGCUCAUGCCACAGGGGGCUCCGGGUCCCCCUCUGCCCUCAGCUCACACAUCCGACCCCUUCCCUCCUGUGCGGGGCCAGCAGAACCCAUGAGAAUGCCAGGCAUCUCACCAGGGGAGAGAGGCUCCCGUAACAGAUGGCAGUGCCUCCCGCUUGCUGUGGGUGGCCACCCUCCGUGACUUGGCCGCUGCCUUUGUCAGCAUCCAGCACACAGUUGCCAAUUAGCCUGGAGAAUUCCUGUCCACUCGGCACUUCCUUCAGCGGGGUAGUCACUGCCCAGUGGGAACAGGAGGAACCCGAUAAGUCAACGAGGGUUGAGUUCAGAUGUUUGGAAAGUAUCCAUUCAGGGCUUUCCUUCGAAUCUUUGAAGUCUUCUGUCCAGAGAGGAGUCCCUGGGCUCGGAGGCUGGCACUGCUGACCUGGGAAGAGGGGAGUAGGCUGGCGAGGACCUGGAAGGUUCUAACCCUCUAUCUCCAGACCAUGCAGUCCCACUGCCCCACGUGCUACACGUCACCAUCCGAGGCACAGGUAACCAAAUGUUGGUCUGGCAGUUCACCGUCCCAUCCAAAAAGGCACAGACCACAAGGCUUUACCACCAGACCCACAUCUGGGCUUUUCCAGCCAGUGGCUUGCUGUCUCCUUCUCUGUCCUGUGGAUUUCCAUCCGUGUUCCCACCUCCCACACAUCCACCGUGAGGUCUGUCUGGAGAGAACAGACUUUGGUAAGGGAAAAAGGGGAAGAUGUGGCCAUGCUGAUUGCACACAGCAGCGGGGGCGGGUGGGGAGGGGUACUGAGGGCAUAGCCACAAGCCAUGAGGUUGCUGCGCUGUCUCCCAGCCCUGACUGGGGCCUUGCCUGCAGGGAAGCCUGCCCGGGAGCCCAGGCAGACACUGACAGAGUUCAGAAGCUGCUCUGGUUUAUCUCCUGUUACCAAGCCAGUGGGCUCCAUCUUCGGUCCUUCUGGCUGGGGCCCACAGACCGCGGUCAAGGUGUGUCGCACCAGACAGAUGCAGGGCGAAGCACAGAUCUCCAGGAAAUGCGGGGUGAGUGGGCAGCCGGGAAGAGGUCCCCAGUGGACUGGCAUUCUCCAGUGCCCUGGCUGGCCCUGCGGAGGACUCCUCCCUACAGCUCACUAGACCACAAUGGCCCUCAAAGCUUGAAGAGACUAAAGGAUCUGAAUGGGAGUGCAGAGAAGACAGCCUGGUAGCGGCUGGAAGGAUGCCCAGGUGCCUGCGGAGUCUUCAGCCCAGGAGAUGGGGGAGGCAGACUCCGCCGUGGAGUGUGAGGAGGGAAACACAGCCCAGUGAGGAGGGGGUGGGGGCCGAUGCCGGGCUGUGGCUCCCCCACUCCUGUGAGGAUGCAGCCCCAGUGGUGGUUGCUUUGAGGAGAGGUCAGGUGAGGCCUGGCCCUCAGGGGAGAUGGACAGAGGGGUGCUUGUGGCCCCUGGCCCUUUACUGGGAUGCUUCCCAGUUGGAAACUGUUCAACCACCGCCCAGGUCAGGAACGAGAACACUGCCAGAAUGUCCUGCUCUUCAUUUUAGAUCAUGUUUUUCAGGAGGGUAAAAAAAAAAAAAAAAAAACUACACUGGGACUUUGGGGGGAUGGCUUUCACCUUCUGGUAGCUCCUGGGAGGGCCAGCGGGGGUGACAGCAGCCUGGUCAAGGCGGUCUGAAAGGUGGGGUUGCUGCCGAGCAUGUGGGACCCGAGCCAGCUGUGAUCGUAUGACGCGCGCUCACACCUACCCAGACACAGAUGCUUGUUUUCUCAUCCUCUCAAUGCUUUUUCUGGUUUUUCUUCUGAUUUUAGUUAGAACCAUGAGCCCACGAUGAAUGUGGGACUCUUCUCAAUUGCUCUUUAAAUUGUCACUUUUUAAAUCUUAUUAAACGAAGUGUCGAUUCCU